UGGUCACAUGUUCACACUCUUGCGCGUAUGUUGCGCAUCGGAGGUGCCAAAGUGAUUUAUGUCUGCCUGCCAGCUGCGCCCUGAAGCAGAUCCCGACUGAUCCUGACACUUGAGGAAUGGCCUCAGAACGGGACGAAUCCAACACAACCAGAAAUCUGACCAACCAGUUCGUGCAGCCCGCCUGGCGCAUCGCGCUGUGGUCGGUGGCUUACAGCACAGUGUUGGCCGUGGCGGUUUUCGGAAACCUGAUCGUGAUUUGGAUUAUUCUGGCGCACAAGCGGAUGAGAACUGUCACCAACUACUUCCUGCUGAACUUGGCUUUCUCCGAUGUCUCGAUGGCUGCGUUCAACACGCUCAUCAACUUCGUGUACGCGGCCCACGGAGAGUGGUACUUUGGAGAGGUGUACUGCAGGUUUCACAACUUCUUCCCUGUGACCGCGGUGUUCGCCAGCAUCUACUCCAUGACCGCGAUAGCCAUCGACAGGUACAUGGCCAUCAUCCACCCCCUGAAGCCUCGCCUGUCAGCGAAAGCCACCACGGGAGUCAUCGUCUGUAUCUGGAGUCUGGCUGUGGUUAUGGCCUUCCCGCUCUGCUACUUCUCCACCACCCGAGCUCUGCCCCGCAGGACUCUCUGCUACGUGGCCUGGCCCCGCAUGGCCGACGACCCCUUCAUGUAUCAUAUGAUAGUGACAGUUCUGGUCUACGCGCUGCCCUUAGCAGUGAUGGGCAUCACUUACACCAUCGUGGGAGUGACUCUAUGGGGAGGGGAGAUCCCAGGAGACUCGUCUGAUAACUAUCACGGACAGCUCCGAGCCAAACGGAAGGUGGUCAAGAUGAUGAUUAUCGUAGUGGUGACAUUUGCCCUCUGCUGGCUGCCCUAUCAUGUCUACUUCAUUGUGACGGGUCUCAACAAGCAACUCAUCAAGUGGAAGUACAUCCAGCAGGUCUACCUGUCAGUGCUGUGGCUGGCGAUGAGCUCCACCAUGUACAACCCCAUCAUCUACUGCUGCCUCAACAGCAGGUUUCGAGCUGGCUUCAAACGUGUUUUCCGCUGGUGUCCCUUUGUCCGGAUCUCAAGCUACGAUGAGCUGGAGCUCCGAAACACGCGACUUCGCCCUGGUCACCAGAGCAGCAUGUGCACCCUCUCUCGGGUCGACACCAGCAUCCUCAGCAAAGACAAGAGCACUCGUUCCCACGGAAACAGGUCAAGACUUAACUCCGAGCCCAACAAUAAAGUCCAUUAGUUGUCUCCACUGGACACAUUGCAGCUGAUUGGACUGUUUUUGUUCACUUGAGCUGAUUAAUAUUAAUUAACACUGAUGAGUGUGGUGAUCAUUUAUAAACCUGGGCAGUGUUUGUACAUGACUGUGUGAGGCGAAAGGGACAGUUGCAUGUUAAUGUACUAACAGGAAGUGGCUGUGAAGCUCAUUGAGGCAAUUGGGGUACUUUAAAAGAGCCAAAAUUAGGCUGAUUGCCAAGCAGAUUUUCACAUACGAGGAAUUUUCCAUCAUGUUUUGGUGCGUCACAAUAAACACUAUCGGUAGAUAAUCUAAAGCAGAAGCAAAAUAAAGCACACAAAAUUGUAAAUAAGGAAGAAAAAUGUGCAAUGUAACUGCUUAAUACAAAUGAAAGAGUCGUACAUGUUUGUGCAGGGAUCCAUGAUGUGUAAAGAACAUUUGUAGUUUCCAAGUUAGAAGCUGUGCGUUAAUGUAACACAGUGAGUUGAGUGGUGCAGACUUUUAUGUUAAUAUAAAAUGUGUAGCUUAACUUAACAGUGGAUUAAGUGUCAGUGCCAUUAGGGGUCAUGGGCUUUGCUGAUUAACAAAACUGUACCUGUGGUAUGAGGUUUUGGUCACGAUGGACCGCAGGUGUGUCUCAGAAAGAUUGUGUCUGCGGUGGCCACAGUCUUUCUGACUUGGCUGAGGCUCCUGAGGCCUGAGGUCUUAACUGACAUGGUGUGUAUUUUUAGAUUCAGUGUGACUUAUACUUUUUGAUAUUAUCAUCACACAACUAAACAUUCAUAAACUUGCCUAAAUGUAAUCAAAAAAAGACAUUCCUUAUAACUGCCAAACUUGCCUGAGAAUCAUUGUGUUUUUACAUUUUUUCAGUAUCAGCGUACUCCAGUGAUGGCUGUCUGUACAUCCAUGCAUACAUUUCAAACAGGAAGUGCUAAAAGCUAAUUUGGCAUCAGUUUAAUUUUGUUAUAUUAGAUAAAACAUAAUAUCUGAUUUUUUUUUUCAUUAAUGCCUUUUAUUUCAAGAAAAGUUUAUUUGAUUAUAAAAUGCUGCUAAUUUUUGGGGGGGGAGGGGGGCACAGUGCACAAUCUUACCAAUUUAUUAUUUAUUUAUUAUUUUUAUCUUAAUGUAUCAAAGUGGACGUGCUUGAUGUGUAAAUAGAUGUGUAAAUAAUGUAAGGAAAGUCAAAAUUUUUCAAAAUUCCAAAAGUCAAUGAGAGACAAUUGAUUAAUGUGAAGAUAUUGAACGUUAGAGUAAAGUUUUUAGUGUUUCAUUAAUACAGGUGUCACCAAAUUAUGUCUAUCACAGGUGAUGUUGCAUAGUUGUUUGUAUACUGUACUUUUUUGUAUGAUUCAUUUUGAUUAAUAAUUUGAAAGUAUUUUCUGUAUUAUUAUAUGUACAUAGUUUAAAUAUGUUUCUGAUAUAUUUAAUGUAUUUAUUUAUUUAUAUUUUUUUCACUUGUGUAAAAAGGCAGUGGUACAUCAGUGGUUCUUAUCAACUUCUCUGUUAAAACAACAAAUACACAACUUUUAUGAGCAUUGUUUCACCUCUGCAGGUAAAAUAUCUCCCCGAGCUCAAAAUCAUUUAUUUGGGUAUCUUGAACUAAAUACUUUAAGCUGCUUUUGACAUUUUUUAAUCACUUUGUUUCAUGUUCCUCUCUCUAUUCUGUUAUGUAACAUAGCUGUGAAUGAAUUUCACUAAAUGCUGCACUCACAGAAGACAUAUAUUUAAUGAUAUCAGAUCAUUACUCAGUGGAUUUCAUCAACAGUCACCGCCAGAACAGUACUGAAGCUGCUCUAGCAGAGAUAAUACCCAUACAUCUAUUAUAGUGACACUGAUAUUAAAUGAUCCCUGUUGGAUGUUACCUACAAUUUGUAACAGAAUGUAAAUUCACAAGUGCUUGCUGCUGUAAUGUUUGUUGGUUAGAAAGAAUGUGGCAUUUUAAAAUGGACUGGUUUAAGAGUUAGUGUUUACUGCAGGUAUGUUUUUGUUUUUGUUUGUUUGUUUUGUAUAUAGUAACUGUACGUACAAUAUUUUGAUAUUCUGGUGCAGACGCAAACAUAGACACAUAUUCUAUAUAACCUUUACACUGAGUUUGUGUUUUAUUGUUGUCUUAAGAUAAAAAAAAUAAUAAAAGCUUAGAUUGCCUUUGUUUGGGAUUAACCAGUUUGUUACAUUUAUUUAAAUUAUGUUUAAUGACAGUGGUGUCAGAUCAGAAAACAC